AUGGCAUACGCACAAGUUGACGAUUAUAGCUAUGCUAUCCAAGCAGCUGAAUCACGGAUUAAAAACGAACAAAAGCGCUCACAUUCAAAUCCAUUCAGUUUGCUCCCAGACAAUUUAAUAAAAUCAUCUAAUAAAGACCAAGUCUCAUUAACUCGUGAAAUGCCAUCUGACAUCACCGCACAGUCCUGGGCCAUCUACGAUCCAGUUGCUAAAGAAUUUUUAGCAACCCGUUGCAGCACCCAAAAGCGAGAAAUUGCAAGUAUUACAAAAGUCAUGACUUGCAUUUUAGUAUUAGAAAUCUGUGACGAAAACGAUAUUUCUUUGAAUGACUUGGUCAGUAUUGGCUCAAAUGCAGCUAAUAUAGUCGGGACAACCGCCAAUCUAGAAGAAGGCGACAGAGUUCGUAUCAAAGACCUUUUAUAUGGCCUUAUGCUUCCUUCUGGCAAUGAUGCAGCGGUUGCAUUAUCAACUUAUAUUGGCUCUUUAUUCAACCCUAAUAUUCCUACUCUGGAGUUUAUUCGAAUGAUGAAUAUUAUGGCAAAAUACCUAGAACUUGACAAUACACAUUACCAAAAUACCCAUGGGCUUUCUAGCAAGCCAAAUAUUUCGUCAGCUAAAGAUGUCUGCGUCUUGGCAGCAUAUGCUAUGCAGAAUAAAAAAUUCAGGAAAAUUGUUAAUACGCAAACUUAUACGUGUGAAAUCGAUAAUGAAUAUUGGGGAACGAGGACUGUCCAUUGGUUUAAUACAAAUAAACUGCUGGGAAGAGGAUUUGAUGGAGUUAAAACAGGGACGACACCGAAAGCUGGACCUUGCUUGUGUGUGAGAACUAAAGAUUCACAGAGGCCACUUUAUAUUACGACUUUAGGGUCAAAAACUGAUGGAGACAGAUGGAUGGACGCGUCCAAGCUAUCUGCUUGGGCGAGAGGUCUAUAA